GAGGCCGCCACCUCGGGCUGUCGAUCCUGCCGGCCUGGCGUGGCCACGCCCCUCCGGAAUGACGUCACCGGACGCUGGGAGUCGCGGGGGCUGCUGGUCCGGACCAAGAUGGCCCGGUUCCUGGGAUCCGCUCCUGCCCGCCCCGCAGUCACCCAUUCAUUUCUAGGCUGCUGAGCGGUGCGGGGCGCCGCCAGUGCCCUCCAGACCCUCUUGUCGGCCUGCGGGCGGAAGGCCGCCAUGGCCACGCUGGAGAAGCUCAUGAAGGCCUUCGAAUCGCUCAAGUCGUUCCAGCAGCAGCAGCAGCAACAGCAACCGACGCCGCCACCUCCGCCUCAGCCGCUGCCUCUGGGGUUGUCGCCGCCGCCACCCGGCCCUGCCGAGGAGCCGCUGCCCCGACCAAAGAAGGAACUCUCAGCCACCAAGAAAGACCGUGUGAAUCAUUGUCUGACCAUAUGUGAAAACAUUGUGGCACAGUCUCUCAGAAAUUCUCCAGAGUUUCAGAAACUCCUGGGCAUCGCCAUGGAGCUGUUUCUGCUGUGCAGUGAUGAUGCAGAGUCAGAUGUCAGGAUGGUGGCUGAUGAAUGCCUCAACAAAGUUAUAAAAGCUUUGAUGGAUUCUAACCUUCCAAGGCUACAGUUAGAACUCUACAAGGAAAUUAAAAAGAAUGGUGCUCCUCGAAGUUUGCGAGCUGCCCUGUGGAGGUUUGCUGAGCUGGCUCACUUGGUUCGACCGCAAAAAUGCAGGCCUUACCUGGUGAACCUUCUACCGUGCCUGACUCGGACGAGCAAGAGACCCGAGGAAUCGGUUCAGGAGACUUUGGCUGCAGCUGUUCCCAAAAUUAUGGCUUCUUUUGGCAAUUUUGCAAAUGACAAUGAAAUUAAGGUUCUGUUGAAAGCUUUCAUAGCAAAUCUGAAGUCAAACUCUCCCACUGUCCGGCGGACAGCAGCUAGCUCAGCAGUGAGCAUCUGCCAGCACUCCAGGAGGACACAGUACUUCUACAACUGGCUCCUCAAUGUGCUCCUAGGUCUUCUGGUUCCUGUGGAGGAAGAACAUUCCACUCUCCUAAUCCUUGGCGUGCUGCUCACUUUGAGGUAUCUUGUGCCCUUGCUUCAGCAGCAGGUCAAAGAUACGAGCCUAAAAGGCAGCUUUGGGGUGACACGGAAAGAAAUGGAAGUUUCCCCCUCUGCAGAGCAACUUGUCCAGGUUUAUGAGCUGACUUUGCACCACACGCAGCACCAAGACCACAAUGUGGUGACCGGGGCACUGGAGCUCUUGCAGCAGCUCUUCCGGACUCCCCCACCCGAGCUGCUGCAAGCACUGACCACACCAGGUGGCCUCAGGCAGCUCACCAUGGCUCAAGAGGAGGCCCAGGGCCGAGGCCGCAGUGGGAGCAUUAUGGAACUUCUAGCUGGAGGGGGUUCUUCGAGCAGCCCUGUCCUUUCAAGGAAACAAAAAGGCAAAGUGCUCAUAGGAGAAGAAGAAGCCUUGGAAGAUGACUCAGAAUCGAGGUCAGAUGUCAGCAGCUCCGCCUUUGCAGCCUCUGUGAAGAGUGAAGUCAGUGGAGAGCUGGGUGCUUCUUCUGGUGUCUCCACUCCUGCGUCUGUCGUUCACGACAUCAUCACCGAGCAGCCACGGUCCCAGCACACACUUCAGGCGGAUUCUGUGGAUCUGUCAAGCUGUGACUUGACCAGUGCUGCCACUGAUGGGGAUGAGGAGGACAUCUUGAGCCACAGCUCCAGCCAGAUUAGUGCCGUCCUGUCUGACCCUGCCAUGGACCUGAACGAUGGGACCCAGGCAUCCUCACCCAUCAGUGACAGCUCUCAAACCACCACUGAAGGGCCUGAUUCAGCUGUGACUCCUUCCGACAGUUCUGAAAUGGUGUUGGAUGGUGCUGACAGCCAGUGUUUGGGCAUGCACAUUGGACAGCCGCAGGACGAGGAGGAGGAGAUUGCAGGUGUUCUUCCUGGUGAAGUCUCAGAUGCUUUCGGAAGCUCUUCUCUGGCCCUUCAACAGGCACACUUAUUAGAAAGAAUGGGUCAUAGCAGGCAGCCUUCUGAUAGCAGCAUAGAUAAGUUCGGACCUAGAGACGAAGUUGCUGAAGCGGGUGAUCCUGAAAACAAGCCUUGCCGAAUCAAAGGUGACAUAGGACAGUCUACCGAUGAUGAUUCUGCUCCUUUGGUCCAUUGUGUCCGCCUUUUAUCCGCUUCAUUUUUGUUAACUGGGGAAAAGAAAGCUCUGGUUCCAGACAGGGAUGUGAGGGUCAGUGUGAAGGCCCUUGCCCUUAGCUGUGUUGGAGCAGCCGUGGCCCUUCAUCCAGAAUCCUUCUUCAGCAAACUGUAUAAAGUACCUCUUGAUGCCUCGAAAUGCCCUGAGGAGCAGUAUGUCUCAGACAUCUUGACCUAUAUCGAUCAUGGAGACCCACAGGUCAGAGGAGCUACUGCCAUUCUCUGUGGGACCCUAGUGUCCUCCAUCCUCAGCAGGUCUCGGCUCCAUGUGGGCAACUGGCUGGGCACCAUCAGGACCCUGACAGGAAAUACAUUUUCUCUUGUGGACUGCAUUCCUCUGCUGCAGAAAACUUUGAAGGAUGACUCUUCUGUUACUUGCAAGUUGGCUUGCACAGCUGUUAGGCACUGUGUCCCGAGUCUCUGCAGCAGCAGCUAUAGUGACCUGGGAUUACAGCUGCUCAUUGAUGUGCUGCCUCUGAAGAAUAGCUCCUACUGGUUGGUAAGAACAGAACUGCUGGAAACUCUUGCGGAGAUUGACUUUAGGCUGGUGAAUUUUUUGGAGAUGAAAGCAGACAGUUUACACCGGGGGGCUCAUCAUUAUACAGGGCUUUUAAAACUGCAGGACCGUGUGCUCAAUAGUGUGGUCAUCUGCCUGCUUGGGGAUGAAGACCCCAGAGUGCGGCAUGUUGCCGCAGCAUCAUUAAUAAGGCUUGUCCCAAAGCUGUUUUAUAAAUGUGACCAAGGACAGGCUGAUCCAGUAGUGGCUAUGGCGAAAGAUCAAAGCAGUGUUUACUUGAAGCUACUCAUGCAUGAGACCCAGCCACCAUCACACUUUUCUGUCAGCACCAUAACCAGAAUCUAUAGAGGCUAUAGCUUACUGCCAAGUGUAACUGAUGUCACCAUGGAAAAUAGUCUCUCAAGAGUUAUUGCUGCAGUUUCUCAUGAACUGGUCACAUCAACCACACGGGCACUCACAUUCGGCUGCUGUGAAGCCCUGUGUCUGCUUUCAGCAGCCUUUCCAGUUUGCACUUGGAGUGUGGGUUGGCAUUGUGGAGUGCCCCCACUGAGUGCUGCAGAUGAGUCUCGGAAGAGCUGUACUGUUGGGAUGGCCAGCAUGAUUCUCACCCUGCUCUCGUCAGCGUGGUUUCCAUUGGAUCUCUCGGCCCAUCAGGAUGCCUUGAUUUUGGCUGGAAACUUGCUUGCAGCCAGUGCUCCCAAGUCUCUGAGAAGUUCAUGGGCCUCUGAAGAAGAAGCCAACUCAGCAGCCCCCAGACAGGAGGAGGUCUGGCCCGCUCUAGGGGAUCGGACCCUGGUACCCAUGGUGGAACAGCUUUUCUCCCACCUGCUGAAGGUGAUUAAUAUCUGUGCUCACGUUUUGGAUGAUGUGACUCCUGGACCAGCAAUCAAGGCAGCAUUGCCUUCACUGACAAACCCCCCAUCUCUCAGUCCUAUUCGACGAAAAGGGAAGGAGAAGGAACCAGGAGAGCAAGCAUCUGCUCCGAUGAGUCCCAAGAAAGGAGGCGAGGCCAGUGCAGCCUCUCGACAGUCAGAUGCCUCAGGACCUGUUGCAGCAAGUAAAUCGUCCUCACUAGGGAGUUUCUACCAUCUUCCUUCCUACCUGAAACUGCAUGAUGUCCUCAAAGCCACUCAUGCCAACUAUAAGGUCACCUUGGAUCUACAGAACAGCACUGAAAAGUUUGGGGGGUUCCUGCGCUCUGCCUUGGACGUCCUCUCUCAGAUUCUAGAGCUGGCAACGCUGCAAGACAUCGGGAAGUGUGUUGAAGAAAUUCUUGGAUACCUGAAGUCUUGCUUCAGUCGAGAACCAGUGAUGGCGACUGUUUGUGUCCAACAGCUUUUGAAGACGCUCUUUGGGACAAACUUGGCCUCUCAGUUUGAUGGCCUGUCUUCCAACCCCAGCAAGUCACAAGGACGAGCUCAGCGCCUUGGCUCUUCCAGCAUGAGGCCAGGCUUGUAUCACUAUUGCUUCAUGGCACCGUACACCCACUUCACACAGGCCUUAGCUGAUGCCAGCCUACGGAAUAUGGUACAGGCGGAGCAGGAACACGAUACCUCAGGGUGGUUUGAUGUACUCCAGAAAGUGUCUACUCAACUGAAGACAAACCUUACAAGUGCGUCAAAGAGCCGUGCGGAUAAGAACGCUAUUCACAAUCACAUUCGCUUAUUUGAGCCCCUUGUCAUAAAGGCGCUGAAGCAGUAUACCACGACGACCUCUGUGCAGCUGCAGAAGCGGGUCUUGGAUUUGCUGGCACAGCUGGUUCAGUUACGGGUCAAUUACUGUCUGCUGGAUUCAGAUCAGGUAUUCAUCGGAUUUGUGCUGAAGCAAUUUGAGUACAUUGAAGUAGGCCAGUUCAGGGAAUCAGAGGCAAUUAUUCCAAAUAUCUUUUUCUUCCUGGUAUUGCUGUCUUAUGAGCGCUACCAUUCAAAACAGAUCAUCGGAAUUCCUAAGAUCAUCCAGCUAUGUGAUGGCAUCAUGGCCAGUGGGAGGAAGGCCGUGACUCAUGCCAUACCGGCCCUGCAGCCCAUAGUUCACGACCUCUUUGUAUUAAGAGGAACAAAUAAAGCUGAUGCAGGGAAAGAGCUUGAAACCCAGAAGGAGGUGGUGGUGUCGAUGCUGUUGAGACUCAUCCAGUACCAUCAGGUGCUGGAGAUGUUCAUCCUCGUCCUGCAGCAGUGCCACAAGGAAAAUGAGGACAAGUGGAAACGACUGUCUCGGCAGGUUGCAGACAUCAUCCUGCCCAUGUUAGCCAAGCAGCAGAUGCACAUUGACUCCCAUGAAGCUCUUGGAGUGUUAAAUACUUUGUUUGAGAUUUUGGCUCCUUCCUCCCUCCGUCCUGUGGACAUGCUUUUGCGGAGUAUGUUCAUCACUCCAAGCACAAUGGCCUCUGUAAGCACUGUUCAGCUGUGGAUAUCCGGAAUCCUAGCCAUUCUGAGGGUUCUGAUUUCCCAGUCAACUGAAGACAUCGUUCUGUCUCGUAUUCAGGAACUCUCCUUCUCUCCAUAUUUAAUCUCCUGUCCAGUAAUUAACAAGUUAAGAGAUGGAGACAAUAAUUCAUCACUGGGAGAAUGCAGUGAAGGCAAACAAAUGAAGAAUUUGCCAGAAGACACGUUCUCAAGGUUCCUGUUACAGCUGGUUGGCAUUCUCUUAGAAGACAUUGUUAGAAAGCAGUUGAAAGUGGACAUGAGUGAGCAGCAGCACACAUUCUACUGCCAGGAGCUCGGCACUUUGCUCAUGUGUCUAAUCCACAUCUUCAAGUCUGGAAUGUUCCGGAGAAUCACAGCAGCUGCCACUCGACUUUUCACCAGCGAUGGCUGUGAGGGCAGCUUCUACACCCUGGAGAGCCUGAAUGCACGGGUGCGCUCCAUGGUACCCACGCACCCAGCUCUGGUACUGCUGUGGUGUCAGAUCCUGCUGCUUGUCAACCACACUGAUCACCGUUGGUGGGCAGAGGUGCAACAGACACCAAAGAGACACAGUUUAUCCUGCACAAAGUCACUUAGCCCCCAGAUGUCCAUCGAGGAGGAGGAUUCUGACUCCGCAGCUCAACUUGGGAUGUGCAGUAGAGAAGUCGUGCGAAGAGGGGCCCUUAUUCUCUUCUGUGAUUAUGUUUGUCAGAAUCUUCAUGACUCAGAGCAUUUGACGUGGCUCAUCGUGAAUCAUAUUCAAGAUCUGAUCAACCUGUCUCAUGAGCCUCCAGUGCAGGACUUCAUUAGUGCUGUUCAUCGGAAUUCUGCAGCAAGUGGCCUUUUUAUCCAGGCCAUUCAGUCUCGUUGUGAAAAUCUUUCAACUCCAACCACUCUGAAGAAAACGCUUCAGUGCUUGGAAGGCAUCCAUCUCAGCCAGUCAGGCGCCGUGCUCACACUGUAUGUGGACAGGCUUCUGAGCACCCCCUUCCGUGCGCUGGCUCGCAUGGUUGACACCCUGGCCUGUCGCCGGGUAGAAAUGCUUUUGGCUGCAAAUUUACAGAGCAGCAUGGCCCAGUUGCCAGUGGAAGAACUGAACAGAAUCCAGGAGCACCUGCAGAGCAGUGGGCUUGCACAGAGACACCAAAGGCUCUAUUCUCUGCUGGACAGGUUCCGACUCUCUACAGUGCAAGACUCACUUAGCCCCUUGCCCCCAGUCACUUCCCACCCACUGGACGGGGAUGGGCACAUGUCUCUGGAAACCAUGAGUCCAGACAAAGACUGGUACCUUCGUCUUGUUAGAUCCCAGUGUUGGACCAGAUCAGAUUCUGCACUGCUGGAAGGUGCAGAACUGGUGAAUCGAGUCCCUGCUGAAGACAUGAGCGACUUCAUGAUGAGCUCGGAGUUCAACCUAAGCCUAUUGGCUCCGUGCUUAAGCCUUGGCAUGGGCGAAAUGGCUGCUGGCCAGAAGAGUGCCCUCUUUGAAGCAGCCCGUGAGGCAACCCUGGACCGUGUGACCGCUGUUGUUCAGCAGCUGCCAGCUGUCCAUCACGUCUUCCAGCCCUUCCUGCCUGCAGAGCCCACGGCCUACUGGAGCAAGCUGAGUGAUCUGUUUGGGGAUGCCACGGCAUACCAGUCCCUGACCACACUUGCCCGGGCCCUGGCACAAUACCUGGUGGUAGUCUCCAAAGUACCUGACCAUUUGCACGUUCCUCCCGAGAAGGAGAUUGAUGCAGUGAAGUUUGUGGUGAUGAUCCUUGAGGCCCUGUCAUGGCAUUUGAUCCAUGAGCAGAUCCCACUGAGUCUGGACCUCCAGGCCGGGCUAAACUGCUGCUGCCUGGCUCUACAGGUACCUGGCCUCUGGGGAGUGCUCUCCUCCCCAGAGUAUGUGACUCAUGCCUGCUCCCUUAUCCACUGCGUGCGAUUCAUCUUGGAAGCCAUUGCAGUAGAGCCUGGGGACCAGCUACUAGGUCCAGAAAGCAAGACAAACACUCACAGGGCUGUCAGAGAGGAGGAAGCAGACGCAGACAUCCACACUGCUUGUGUAGAUCCCAGUUACAUCACGUCGGCCUGCGAGAUGGUGGCAGAGAUGGUGGAAUCCCUGCAGUCGGUGCUCGCCUUGGGCCACAAGAGGAACAGCAGUGUGCCCUCAUUUCUUACAGCAGUACUCAAGAACAUCGUAGUCAGUCUGGCCCGCCUCCCCAUAGUCAACAGCUACACGCGUGUGCCCCCACUGGUAUGGAAACUUGGGUGGUCACCCAAGCCUGGAGGGGAUUUUGGCACAGUGUUCCCUGAGAUUCCUGUAGAGUUCCUCCAGGAGAAAGAGAUCUUCAAGGAGUUCAUCUACCGCAUCAACACCCUAGGGUGGACCAGUCGUACCCAGUUUGAAGAAACUUGGGCCACCCUUCUUGGUGUCUUGGUGACCCAGCCCCUGGUGAUGGAGCAGGAAGAGAGCCCACCAGAGGAAGACACGGAAAGGACCCAGAUCCAUGUCCUAGCUGUGCAGGCCAUCACAUCCCUGGUGCUCAGUGCAAUGACGGUGCCUGUGGCUGGCAAUCCAGCUGUAAGCUGCUUGGAGCAACAGCCCCGGAACAAGCCCCUGAAAGCUCUCGACACCAGGUUUGGGAGAAAGUUGAGUGUGAUCAGAGGGAUUGUAGAGCAAGAGAUUCAGGAAAUGGUUUCCAAGAGAGAAAAUAUUGCCACUCACCACGCUUACCAGGCAUGGGAUCCAGUCCCUUCUCUCUUGCCGGCGACUACAGGUGCCCUCAUCAGCCAUGACAAGCUGCUGCUGCAGAUCAACCCAGAACGGGAGCUGGGCAACAUGAGCUACAAGCUGGGCCAGGUGUCCAUACACUCUGUGUGGCUGGGGAACAACAUUACACCCCUGAGAGAGGAGGAGUGGGAUGAAGAGGAGGAGGAAGAGGCUGAUGUCCCUGCACCACCGUCUCCACCUGUGUCUCCAGUCAAUUCCAGGUUUACAUUGGCCUUUUUAAAGAAACACCGUGCUGGAGUUGAUAUUCACUCCUGUUCGCAGUUUCUGCUUGAAUUGUACAGCCGCUGGAUCCUGCCAUCCAGUUCAGCCAGAAGGACCCCAAUCAUCCUGAUCAGUGAAGUGGUGCGAUCUCUUCUUGUGGUGUCAGACUUGUUCACCGAACGCACCCAGUUUGAGAUGAUGUACCUGACGCUGACAGAGCUACGGAGGGUGCACCCUUCAGAAGAUGAGAUCCUUCUUCAGUACCUGGUGCCCGCCACCUGUAAGGCAGCCGCUGUCCUUGGAAUGGACAAGACUGUAGCAGAGCCAGUCAGCCGCCUGCUGGAGAAUACACUCAGGAGCAGCCACCUGCCCAGCCAGAUUGGGGCCCUGCACGGCAUCCUCUACGUAUUGGAGUGUGACCUCUUGGAUGACACUGCAAAGCAACUCAUCCCAGUUGUCAGUGACUACCUACUGUCCAACCUCAAAGGAAUAGCCCACUGCGUGAACAUUCACAGCCAGCAGCACGUGCUGGUGAUGUGUGCUACUGCGUUCUACCUGAUGGAAAACUACCCUCUGGAUGUGGGACCAGAAUUUUCAGCAUCAGUGAUUCAGAUGUGUGGAGUGAUGUUGUCCGGAAGUGAGGAGUCUACCCCCUCCAUCAUUUACCACUGUGCUCUACGAGGUCUGGAACGCCUCCUGCUGUCUGAGCAGCUCUCUCGGCUAGACACAGAAUCCUUGGUCAAGCUAAGCGUGGACAGAGUGAAUGUGCAUAGUCCUCAUCGGGCCAUGGCAGCCCUAGGUCUGAUGCUCACCUGCAUGUACACAGGAAAGGAAAAAGCCAGUCCAGGCAGAGCCUCUGACCCCAGCCCCGUAACACCCGACAGCGAGUCCGUGAUUGUUGCUAUGGAACGGGUGUCUGUUCUCUUUGAUAGGAUCCGGAAGGGGUUUCCCUGUGAAGCCAGGGUAGUGGCGAGGAUCCUGCCUCAGUUCUUGGAUGACUUCUUCCCACCUCAAGAUGUCAUGAACAAAGUUAUUGGAGAGUUCCUAUCCAACCAGCAGCCAUACCCACAGUUCAUGGCUACUGUAGUGUAUAAGGUAUUUCAGACUCUGCACAGUGGUGGACAGUCAUCCAUGGUCCGGGACUGGGUCAUGCUGUCCCUGUCCAACUUCACACAGAGAACCCCAGUUGCCAUGGCCAUGUGGAGCCUCUCCUGCUUCUUUGUCAGCGCAUCUACCAGCCCGUGGGUUUCAGCGAUCCUUCCACAUGUCAUCAGCAGGAUGGGCAAGCUGGAGCAGGUGGAUGUGAACCUUUUCUGCCUGGUUGCCACAGACUUCUACAGACACCAGAUAGAGGAGGAGUUUGAUCGCAGGGCUUUCCAGUCUGUGUUUGAGAUGGUGGCAGCACCAGGAAGCCCAUACCACCGGCUCCUCGCUUGUUUGCAAAACGUCCACAAGGUCACUACCUGCUGAGUACCUGUGGCACAAGAGGCCAAGAGGAGGCAGCCAGAGCCUCCAGGAACCUGCACCAAGCAUCUGCUGGAGCUGCCUUGGUCACUGCAGGCUUCCCCUUGCGUCAAGUGGGCAGACAGCCAGUGACAAGGGUGUCUUGCAGUAAGGGGCCCUACGGGGAACAUGCACUAUGUUGGGGUUGAGCCUGAGUCCUAGGUCCUGGCCUCACCACAACUGGUGCAGUGCUUGCUGACCAGGUAUUUGUCCUUUUCCUAGCAUCCCCUGGCCAUGGUCGCUGGGUUGCAGCUGCCCUGGCAUGUGGAGCAGAAGUCCUGGCUCUUGCCGGGUGGUCCUGAGCCCUCCUGUCCCGCUGGGCUGGAGAGUUCCCGCCCACAUCUCCCCAGCAGGGCACACCCACUACACCAGUGUCUGGACACGGAACACAGUGGUGUGCGUGGGCUGGGGACGGGGGCGCCAAAUGCCCAGUGCCAGUCUCCCUUUCUGUUUUCUUCUCAGGACUUAAAAUUUAAUUAUAUCAGUAAAGAAAUUAAUUUUAAUGUAACUCUUCCUAUGCCCGUGUAAAGUGUGUGACUUGCAAGGCCUGUGCUGCAUGUGACAAAGUCUGUGGAAGUGGAUGAGCUUUUUGGCUACCACACCCUCUCCUGUAGCUGCUCAGUUUGGUCCAAUACCUGAGACACUUCCACCUCAUACUUCUCACUUUAAUCCUGAACAGAGAGAGGUAUUGGUGUCAGUUGCCUAAAGCAAGACUCCUCCCUGUGGCCCAGCUGAGGGCUUCGGAGAGCUGCUCUCCACUGUUAGGGGCAUAAGAGGCCUGUCCUUGCUGCAGCACACGUCCUCAGACAAGCUCCGCCCAACAGUGAGGGACACAACCUCCCUGUCAGUCAGCCCACCUGGCCACGAGCAGCCUCUGCUGCACUCAGGCCACCCUCGAUAACCACAACCCUGGUCCUGGCUGAGCUGGGCCGUAGCCUGCCCAGGAGCCGGCUGACCAUUGUGGAAGCUGUCAUCUUGCAUCUACACGGUGGGUGGCCAGGUGGGUGCUGGCCUUAUACCCCUGAGGUGUCUCUGAGCUGUGGUUUGUCUGAGCUCUUUGUGAUUGAGGACUCACUUGGUGUCCUAGAGAGUGUUAAGGAUGGACCUCAGCCCCUCUUUUGCUCCUGAAUUUGCUUGUGUUAGCCCAGGAGAAAAUGGACCUGUGCCUAUCAGAUCCCAGGAAGGGCUUAGCCUCAGCAGGAUGAGAUGCAGAAGGAAAGGUUAGUAUCAGGUCAGCCUGCGGCUCUGGUUCAGCCCCACAUGCUUGUCAAAAUCGCCACUUCUUCCCAAGGCUCAAGUCCGGAGUAGCCCAGUCAUAUUUUAAUGACAAUGAGCUCUGGAUAGUGGGUGAGUUCUGCUUGCUGAUUGACUGUGUGGCGGGGCAGGUUCUCUGCUUCCCAGUCCCCCAGAAGCAAGCCUUGACUGCUGUGCUGACCAGCUAUCUAGGUCAUGAUGGUAUUUCUCAGGUGUAGAACGGGAGGCAGAGGCUGCACAGGAGGAAAGAACUUUCAAUCCAUCAGAUUAAUUAACUGUACUUGAGUCCAUAGAAUGCUUCCUUGAGACCCCUGAAUUCCCUUUUGCCUUCCCAUCUUGGCAGUUGGAGGUCAGCUGGGAUGCAGGGUUCCCCACCACCCACAUGUGUGGGAGCCCAUAGAGUCCCCCUUGCACAACAACCUCUCACAUCUGGUGUGAUCUGCCUUUGUAGCACCCCCCAUCUACUCCCAGCCCAAGCCACACCAGCCUAUUCUGGUGUCAGGAUGGCAUGAACAGUGGACAUGGACCCAUUCUUUGAAAAGGGCCUUAAGGGAACAACUGAAUUUAAAUGAAAGUCACCAACUCUCCUUUGCUGUUGAAGGCUCCCACUGGAAGUGCUUGUGGACCAUGCUCAGAAGGUGCUGCAGCCCUACCCCUAGGUUGGUCCAACAGAGAUGGGCAUAUUGCAGGCCUGGUGAUGUUCAUGGCUAGAUGUUUUAAGUUUGUGUGAAAUGACAUGGUGAUGUAAAAUCUGGAGCUAUUCCCCUUGGAAUUCAUAACUGUACACUCAACCUAGAUUGGGGCUGGUACCAGCUCUGGUGAUAGGUGCCACAACCAGGAGGUGCAGAUGGACUUUGAGUAAAGUUACCCAGGCACAGAUGUGCGUGCAUUUGUGUGUACGUACCCAGAGUUGUAUUUAUGUGUACACACACACACACACACACACCAGACACACAGACACACACACACACCCCUCUCAAGACAUAUGCAAGGCUUCUAGGAAUGCCUGUCAGUCUUCCUGGAAGUUGACUUUUCUUAGACCCACCACAUUCGUUCAUGUGAGUCCAGCGUCUACAGAUGGGACUCAGUAGAAGACGCAGCUCUGGCCCAUUGGAGACCACGCUCCACCUUCCUAACUCUGCGACUGGGACCAAGACUUCCUCAAGUUCUUCAAAAUCUAUGGAGUCCCAAAUUUUAUCAAAAAUGUUAUAUUGAUUGUAAAGUUUUAGGGCAAGAGGCAGGGUAUUGUUUUUGUUUUCCUGCUGGUGCUGUCAGGAAAGAUUUUAGUGAAACCAGGGUAGAAAUAUUUGGCAGUGCACUUAAGCGUGUUUCUCCAAAAUGUGCCUCCUUCGCACUGCUGGCCCCACUGAAAUGGAGGUGACUUUCCAACUGCCAAGUGCCCUUUAUUCUCACGUUUUCACUUGUGCAUGUCCUCAGAGGGAAGCGUGGAGCCCAGCCACCUCCAGCCUUACCGAAGGCAGUGUCAAAAAAGGCUCCACCCCUACACGGCCCCUUUCCUGGCAGGAGCACUUUCUGGAUGAAGCGACUCUGCCCUCAGCCUGGCCGGGUUGGGUCUUACACAGCAAUAACUUGGCUCACGGCAGGGGGAAGCUGCCUCCACGUUACCGGGCUGCGUCGCACUUGUACAUUUGUGAGGGUGCAGAAUUAGUCUCACCACCUGUGAGCAUCCUUCCCCACUCAGUCCCACUUGGGCUUUAACUAAACUGCCCUCCCUCAGCCUGAGUACUGAGACUGUGACCGCUGCCAAGGUGGAUAUGGAGCUAUCUUCUGGGGGUGAUGUGUGGGAGUAGGAAGACACGGGGCUGCUGAGGCUGAGUGGAGAGCUCGGCAUGGCACAGGUUGUAAGAACUGUCCCUCGCUGGGCCUGGAGCUGCCAGGAACGAAGGACCCACUCAGAGCUGUGUGACAACUGAAGGUGGUCUGAAGGUUCAGGGCCACCCUCCAUGUGUGCCUGUCACACUUCAGUGCCAUCAAAGGAACCCCUCCCCUCAAAUGUGUCUGGAAGCAGAGCUUCUGCCACAAGCUUGGUGUAUGGGUUAGAUGGCAGGCACCUCUCUGCAAAGGUUUGGCUACAUUCUAGGGCCUCCUGUCCAGGCCUGGCUGCACUGGGAACCAGCAGGGCUGUGAUGGGUGCAUCCUGGAGCCCAACCCAGACCUGUCUACUUCCAAAAGGAAGGACUGACAUGAGAUGUAUAUUUAAAAUUUUUAAACUGCAGACAUUGUACACUGAAUUAAAGGAGCAAUUAAACCA